GCCUUCUAUAUUCACAAUUCACAGAAAUGGAUCUUGCAGCUGCGAAGCCAGACAUAAACCGCAGGAAGCUUCAAAUUCCAAGAAAUCUGAGAUCGAGUUAGGAAAUCGAGAUGGGGUUUUUGGUGACCACUCUAAUUUUUGUAGUGAUCGGAAUAAUCGCGUCGCUCUGUACCAGAAUCUGUUGCAAUAGAGGCCCCUCUACUAAUUUGUUCCAUUUGACACUGGUCAUAACAGCAGCAGUCUGCUGUUGGAUGAUGUGGGCCAUUGUAUAUCUUGCACAGAUGAAACCACUCAUUGUUCCAAUUCUAAGUGAAGGAGAGUGAAGAUGUUCCUGGAAAAGCAUAAUAGGAUCUUGUUGGUAAACCAGCAAUAUGUCUAGUGCAUUGUUCGCCAGGGAAAUAUCUUAUUAAAGACUAAUGGAUCAUUCAAUAUCUUCUCAUUUUGGGUCUCUCUGUAAUAUUUAUCAGCGUGAACUUUGAAUUGAUUUUACUUUGGUGGUUCACUUUCCUGCUUGUGAUGGCCUCGCAUUCAAAUUUUAAUUCAUUGAGCGGUGAUUCUAUCUGCCAUUGAGUGUACAAAUAUGUAAUUCGGAUGAAAUAAUUGUUGCAGAAGAGUGUAUUUGAUUUUAUAUUCAGGUCAUUUGGAAAAAAAGAGUCUGAUGCAGUUGAACA